UUGGCUGAAUGUCGGUUGUUUGGUUUGUUUGCCUUUGUUAGGUGAACUCAGCUUGUUAUGAGUAUACGGCUGGUCGGAAAGUAGGUUAAAUCGUUUUAAUUUGGAAAAGUAACUCUAACCUGAAGAUGCGACUGACUGACUUAUCCAGCUCUAAGUUCACUGUGAACGAGAUGACAAGUAAAAUGUGUACGAGAAUAUAUGCGCAAUAUAUAAGCAAAAAAUAAAAUACAACAAAAUAAAUAAAUGGAUAUUAAAGAGAAGGGAUUUGAAGUGUAAUGUUGUAAAUGUUAAACGGUAAAUAUUUAUUAUGCUUAGUUGGAUCAUCGUUUUCAGACAUCCAGAUUCACCUUUAUAACCAAAAGUAAAAUAUAUGUAUAUGUAUGUAUAUACUACAUACUUAUGUACAACAUGUAUACAUACAAUGUAUGUAUAUAAAUUCCCACAAACAUUCGCAGAUAUACUAUGUAUAAUUAUGUAUUUUUAGAUCUGAGCAGAAAUGUUGUACAAUCUAGUGAGGAGCUCAAACGUCUUAUGGAAAAAGUUCCUGAAUUCAAGAUGAGACCCAUCAAAGUCAAAGCAGAAGAUAUCAAGACUAAAGAUAAGGAUUUUUCGUUUAAAUUGAGUAAGAAAGAGGUAAAAAAGCUUUUAAAAUCAAACGGUGAACGAGAUCCAAUGUACGUUUAUGCAGAUCCAGUUCCAAUUGAAAUGAAAGAAGUUGUCUUAUAUGACCUCUGCGUUGUUCCAAUUGAUUGGAAAAUGCUUACUACAUUAAGACCAAAAUCAAAAAUCGAAGAGGAAUAUUUUUCACGUAUGGUUGAAAUGGGUAAAUUGCAAUUGAAGACAGAACAGCGAGACAGGAGAGAAUUUAUGCUCAAUAAUGGUGUAAAAAAGUUAAAAAACAAAUCUGGAAUUGUGGAAACUCGUCUUCAGACUUGUACUGACUGUGGCGAAGAAUUAUGUUCCGGUAAAACUUGCACUGAAUUUAGUUACGAUUUAUUUGUAAGAGUAGAGCCAAAAUUUUCUAAACCCAAGCCUACGGCAAAUGUCAUCAAUAAAGGAAAACUUAAUGGACGUAAACGUAUAAUAAAUGGUCCACGGAACAAGGCAAAGAAAAAUCCUAAAUAAAUUAAAUUUAAACAAGUAAGAAAGUGUAAUAUGAAUAAAUCACUUACAUUACAUUCUGCCUUUAUUUACAUUGGAGCUAGAGUCAAGAUUUAUAUAAAAGUUAAGCCAUGGCGAAUUUCUAAAAGUAAAAAAUAAAAAUAAUA